ACUGGAGGCCGCGGCGGCGGAGGCGCGAGCUGCCUGAUAAUGGCGGCCUGCAGAGCCCGUGAGAGGGAGAAGCGGCGGCGGCUAACCUGAGAAACCUUGACCUUGAAGAUGGUGAGUAGCCAGCCAAAGUACGAUCUAAUACGGGAGGUAGGCCGAGGUAGUUACGGUGUUGUAUAUGAAGCAGUCAUCAGAAAGACCUCUGCACGGGUGGCAGUGAAGAAAAUUCGAUGCCAUGCACCUGAAAAUGUUGAACUAGCCCUGCGUGAGUUCUGGGCACUAAGCAGUAUCAAGAGCCAACAUCCAAAUGUGAUUCACUUGGAGGAAUGUAUCCUACAGAAGGAUGGGAUGGUGCAAAAGAUGUCCCACGGCUCUAAUUCUUCCCUUUAUUUACAGCUUGUAGAGACUUCACUAAAGGGAGAAAUUGCCUUUGAUCCCAGAAGCGCCUAUUACUUGUGGUUUGUGAUGGAUUUUUGUGACGGAGGAGAUAUGAAUGAGUAUCUGUUGUCCAGGAAACCCAAUCGUAAAACUAACACCAGCUUCAUGCUUCAGCUGAGCAGUGCCCUGGCUUUCUUGCAUAAAAACCAGAUCAUCCAUCGAGAUCUAAAGCCUGAUAACAUCCUGAUUUCUCAAAGCCGGUUGGAUACCAGUGACUUGGAACCCACACUGAAAGUGGCUGAUUUUGGUCUAAGUAAAGUUUGUUCAGCAUUUGGGCAGAAUCCAGAAGAACCUGUCAGUGUAAACAAGUGUUUCCUUUCCACAGCGUGUGGAACAGAUUUCUACAUGGCUCCUGAAGUGUGGGAGGGACAUUACACAGCAAAAGCUGACAUCUUUGCUCUGGGGAUUAUCAUCUGGGCAAUGCUGGAAAGGAUCACAUUCAUAGACACAGAGACAAAGAAGGAACUCUUGGGGAGUUAUGUAAAACAAGGAACUGAGAUCGUGCCUGUUGGGGAGGCACUUCUGGAAAAUCCCAAAAUGGAACUUCUCAUUCCUGUGAAGAAAAAGUCUAUGAAUGGGCGAAUGAAACAACUGAUUAAGGAAAUGCUGGCUGCAAACCCUCAGGAUCGUCCAGAUGCUUUUGAACUAGAACUCAGAUUAGUACAAAUUGCAUUUAAAGAUAGCAGCUGGGAAACGUGACACAUACAUUAUUUGCAAAUAUCUUGGAUAA